AUGGUUACAGACAGAUUUUCCUCUCGCAGCCCCGCAGCGGCGCAGCCACCGCAGGCCCUACACAGACAUAGCCUCCACCGCCACCGUAGAAGAUCUGUCGCCGUCGUAGGAAGCUGUGUCGCCGUGAUUGGAAGCUCCAUCGCCGUCGUUUGGAAGCUCGUUGGCCGUCUCCUCUGUUCGAGCGCUCUCCUUCUCUCUCUGUGUCGCCGUUGUGUUUCUGCCACUGCCCUUCCUCCUCGCAACCGGGCUGAUGACGGUGAAGCUUCUAUAAUUUUACUUCCAUCAAAUAUUACAGUUCUUGCUUUGGAUUUCUCAGGAUCUGGAAUUUCUGGAGGGGAUCAUGUCACACUAGGUUGGAAUGAAAAAGAUGAUCUGAGAGCUGUGGCUAAUUAUUUGCGAGCAGAUGAAAACGUCUCUCUGAUUGGAUUAUGGGGCCGCUCAAUAGGUGCUGUGACUAGAAUGAACUUGAGGCUGCUAAAUCUGAGAUUCAAAGUUGGCAUUCUUCAAUUCAAAAUGAGCCUUAUGUACCUGUUGGUGCCACUCCUGGUUAGUUUGUUCCUUGUCUUUGGCAUGUUAAUUGUGAUAUACAUCUGCAUUUUAAUUGUUCAAGAUUUAGUUCUUUGUACACAAUUGCUUUAUUUUUUUGUUAUAAAUUUAUCCGUGAACUAUUAGUUAACCUUUGUUCUUUCCAGAGCCCAAAAUGUUGCUUGAUUAUCUUCAGGCCCUGAAAUCCUCAGAAGAGUCUUUAAGAGAGCAUGUUUAGAAUCUAAUCUACCCUUUUUUUUCUGUUAAUGUAGUUCACUAUCCAUUGAUUAAUUAUUAACAGUGCGGUUUCCAAAUAUAUAAUGUUAUUAACAGUAUAUUCAUACUUGUUAGUUGUUACUAUUACUGUGAUAGUAUUUCUGUUGGUCUUAAAAUUGUUUAAUCCCAAGGUGUUUGGGUAAUAACUUACACUUUCCGAAAAUUGUGGGCUGGGAAUCCCUGUAGCCAAAGAUCUGAAUAUCGGAGUUACUUGAACAGGGGAACCAAACUCCACUCUUGAUGAGACAGAAACAGCACUAUUAGUAUUUAUUUGUUCUUUCAAAUUUGGCAGCAUAUCUACUAUGGAAAUAUGUAUAUCUUAUUAGCAUUUUGGUUCAUUAAAAUGAUAAGGGUAUUAAUACAUGAAGGAGAAAAAGUAAUAUACUUUAGAAAAAUGAUAGAAUUUUCAUUCUUAAUAAUGAAUUAUGUUACCUUGAUCCAGGGUUGCAGUAACUAGAACACCUCUUUCAGCCUAUGAUGCUACCUCAUGCAGCACUUUAUUCACCUGGAGGGGUUUAUACUCAUCCUGCCAUUCCUAUUGUAUUUUCUGGCUGAAAUUGAGGGACCUGAGCAAAACUCUGAUUCAGAGGCUGAAAAGGACUGCAGAUGCUGUUGGAUUCUGACCUCUCUGCACUCGAAGUGGAUUUUCUGGAGCUACAGAAGCUCAACUGGCGCGCUCUCAACUGCGUUGGAAAGUAGACAUCCUGGGCUUUCCAGCAAUGUAUAAUAGUCCAUACUUUGCCCAAGAUUUGAUGGCCCAAAUCGGUGUUCCAAAUCAGCUCAAAACUGCCCGGCGUUAAACGCCGGAACUGGCACAAGAAUGGGAGUUAAACGCCCAAACUGGCACAAAAGCUGGCGUUUAACUCCAAGAAAAGUCUCUACACGAAAAUGCGUCAAUGCUCAACCUAAGCACACACCAAGUGGGCCCGGAAGUGGAUUUUUUAUGUCAUUUACUCAUUUCUGUAAACCCUAGGCUACUAGUUCUCUACAUAUAGGACCUUUUACUAUUGUAUUCUCAUCUGGGUAGCUAUCUUUGAGUAGUUUUAUGCUAUCUUAGAUCAUGGGGCUGGCCUCACGGCCAUGCCUAGACCUUGUUCUUAUGUAUUUUCAACGGUGGAGUUUCUACACACCAUAGAUUAAGGUGUGGAGCUCUGCUGUAC